AUGGACCCGCGUGCUCAGGACGUUCUACGGUGUGAUCUUUGCAAAGUUGACCCGCUACAGAAUCACUGUGAACUUUGUCAUAUAGAUCUCUGUGCUAACUGUGUUGGCAAACACCUCUCCGAUUCCUUGAAACGACACCGAGUCGUAUUAUUCACGGAGAGGAGGUAUACUUCUCUCUAUCCGGCAUGUCUAAAACACGCCGACAAACAUUGCGAACUUUACUGCGAUAAAUGUGACCUUCCUAUCUGUACUGCCUGUGUUUCCUCCGGUAAACACAAAGGUCACACAUUCCAUGAUGUUCUGGAACAAUUCACCUCUAAACAAGAAAGCUUACGAAAAUAUCUAGAAGAGCUUGAGACCAGAAUGUAUCCCGAGUUUGAAUUAAUGGUCUCUGAUGGCCAAAUUGAGAAGGCCGUGGUAGAAAUGAAUUACGGGAAAUUGAUCACUGCUGCCGACCAGCAAGGCGAAGUCUGGCAUCGAGAGAUCACCUAUAUUGUCAACCAACGGAAAUUGGAUAUUGAAGAGAUGAAAUCGGAACACCUGGUUGUUUUAGAUAACCGCACAGAUCAAUUAAAACGCACAAUUACUGAUAUUAAACAGGCCAUUCUGGAUCUGAAACAGCUUUUGGAUUCCAAUGAUGUAGCCCUAACAUAUGCUUACAAAUCUAGGAAUGGUGACUUCAAAAACUUUCCACCGAAAAUCAAAGCUACACUGCCAACUUUCUCUCCUCCAACAAUAAACACAGAAAAACUUAAUGAAAUGUUUGGAUCUCUGUCACCAUUAUCCAUUACAACAGCCAGACAACUACUUACUGAACCGCGACUCGCCGCCACCAUAGACACCGGUUAUAAAGAUCUAUACAGCGUCACUUGUCUCAGUGAUAAAGAAAUCUGGACAUGUGGGGACAAGAAAAUCAUGAAGCUCCACAAUCUCCAGGGUAAUCUACUGAAAUCGAUCCAAACUCAGUCAGGGGACUGGCCACGAGGGUUAGCAGUGACACGAGACGGAUGUAUUGUUUAUACUGACACUGUUACAAGAACGAUAAACAUAAUGAAGAAAAACCACCUACCGAAAGUGAUCAAACUCAAAGGGUGGAUACCUGUCAAUGUUUGCAGUACUUCCGCUGAUGACCUCCUGGUUAUCAUGGUCAGUGAUGGUAGAAAGCAAUACAAAGUUGUCCGCUACUCUGGCUCAACAGAAACACAAACCAUUCAGUUUGAUGAUCAGGGUCGACCUCUUUAUUCAUCUGGUGGUUACAUAAGCGAGAACAGGAACUUGGAUAUCUGUGUGGCUGACCGUGAAGAUGAAGCAGUAGUGGUGGUCAAUCAGUCAGGAUCACUCCGAUUUCGAUACACUGGCCUGCCCUCAAAUACCAAGAAAUCAUUUAACCCAGUCGGCAUCGCUACAGACAGCGAAAGUCAUAUCCUGAUAGCAGACUAUUACAAUGAUCGUGUUCAUAUCGUAGAUCAGGACGGACAGUUCCUAAGUUACAUUGAUAACUGUCAUUUGCAUCGUCCAUUAGGUUUAUGUGUUGACUCCAGAGACAAUAUCUUUGUUACUGAGUGGGGCACUAGCAAAGUGAAGAAAAUUCAAUAUAUGUGAAACAUGUGUUAAUUGCACAUACACAGUGUUGGGUACACUUAUGUGUUAAUUCCGUUGAUGGACACUAUGUCAAUUUCCCCUAAAUAAAUCAUUCUUGAAUGUUAUAAUUACUUUUGACGGGAAAUGCAAAGUAAUUAUUUGUAUUGUUAUUUUUUCUUUAUCUCAGUGGCAUGAUGGUCCGAUGGACCAGGUGUUUUGAAUUUUGAUUUGGAUUGUCUAUGUAUUAACGCUAAUGACACACCCUAGGUUAAAAAUGUUUUUUGUUUUUUUUUUUACAAAUACGUCAUGAGUCGCAGGUCAACGCCGCACCCCUCCCCCACCCCGAAUUGCGAUUUCAACUGUUUUAGACUUUGUAAAACCUUUGAUGUUUAUGGAGGUAUCAUGAGUUUACUCCUCUCACCAGAGGGCACGUUACCCAAGCUUCACUUACACCUCUGUCAACUCUUGGAAUCACGUGACAGCAUAAUUACAUGACAUAACCAGGCUUCCUCGAGUCCUUUCCCUUUAAACCUUCUGGCAAUAAGUAAUACAUCCUGACGCUUUCCAUAGUCCAUUGACACUUUGCCAAGUACAGUUUUACCAUUAGCAGUUUGUCUUUUAUGUCCCUUCAAAGAAGAGAGGCAUGCUUUGCGCCGAUCGAUGUCGGUCGGUAGAGCAUAAUUAUGUUGUCCGCUUGAUAUCUUGAGAAACAUUCACUUGAUGGUAAUUACAUAUAUGCCACCCGUCGGUAGUUCACAGGUAGUCCACUCAAUAUCUUAAGAACUAUCCACUUGAUGAUAAUGAUAUUUCAUAUGUGGGUUGGUUAUGAGUAGAUUGAUUGAUUGUUUUGCUGUUUUCCGCCACACCCAACAAUUUUUCAGUUAUCUGUGUCACGUUUUGUUGUCAGGAAAUAUAACAGAUAAUGGUACACUUUACAUCUUUAUUAUUUUUACAUCAAUUUUGUUACUAAUUAUUACAAAAAUAAAUGAAAUAUAAUUAAAAA